AUGACCACGUUGGCACCCCUCGCCAACGGCCUGCACUACGCAGUCAGGAGAAGCGUUGAGCCGCUUGGCCUCCACUUGAAAGCUGGUAUCGCCCAUGACGUUCGCAAAGUCAUGGGCUUUACCAAGCUGAACAUCAAGAUGCGCCAUCAAUUCGUCGGCUACAUUCCAACCAUGGAUCUCUUCAAGCCCGAUACCCACGGCUUCGACCUUCGCGAGAUGGGCUUUUUCCUUGCUCCAUUCAACUCCAGGCUCGACGACAAGUUCGGUCACAGCGUCAGCGACACUCGCACAGCGACCCCUGGCGACUACAAGUACCGCGAGCUCGAGGACUACUGUCUCGCUGGCCGCGUUGUCGAGUGGCACGAGGACGCGGGUUGGAGGCAGCAGCACCAGGCGCAACUGGCGCAUCCAUGGUUCGCAGGCGGUGCUAGCUAUGCAUGGGAGGAGCAGCAGUCCCUUCUUGGGUGUGAAUGGGGCAUAGCCCUAUACACCGGCGGGGAGCGCUCCUGCUUCUCCUACAUUCUCGCAUCUCGAUACCAGCGGCUGUGA